AUGAGCGUCUUCAACCCAAAAAUCAUCGACGCCUGCAUCCGCGAUGCCACCGCCCCCCUCCCCGACGACCAGAAAGCCGACGUCCUCCUCUACGCCCUCUCCCGUCUCCAGCUCGACCACGACGUAACCCUCAUCGAGAACGCCGUCCAGUCCGUCCUCUCCCUCAAGAACCUAUCCCCCGCUGCCGCCUCUCGCGCCCGCCUCCUCCGCGCAAAGGCCAGCCUCGCCGCCGGCCUCCAUGUCCGCGCUCAUCAAGAUGUUCUCCCGUACGCGCAUUCUAGACGGCCACCCCCGUCUGGGUCGUUCCAGCUGCGUCUCCAUUUUCUCCAUCCUUCGCUUCCGACGCCCGUACUCACGCCCUUCCUUCCCUCUUCCGUACUCCAUUUGCCUCUCUUCUCCCCCGCACUCCACUUUCACGCCCACCGCGCAGACCUGCAGGCCAUCAUGGUCCUCGAGCCCGAUCACGAAGAGGCAAAGGAGCUCAUGGUCCAGCACGUCGCCAACACCGGCAAGGUGAGCCCCAUCCCCGGCCGAGUCUUUCGCACGUCACUCAUCGCCGCUCUCGUCCCUCACGCUGUCGUCACCGCCCCGUCGCGUCCCGAUGACUCCCGCUUCAGCACAGAGAUAUGGCGCGAGAUCGCACGCUGGCUGUCCCCGCGCGACCUCAAGAACCUCCUUCUCGUCCCUCACACCCUUUCCCGCAUCGCCAGCGAGCUCCUCUUUCAACGUGUCGACCUCUAUUUCCUCUCGGACAAGCGCGAAUCGCAACGCAGCGCCGACAUCCUCACACGGAUCAUCGUCGACAAAGAGUUUGCCAAGCAUGUCCGCACGCUUCGCGUCUUUUACCAGGGCCGUGACAUCUCGCCCAUGACCUUCCAAACCGGGAUGCUCGCGAACGCGCUGCCAAAGCUGCACAACCUGAAGAACGUGCACUGCUCGAUGCGCUGGCGCGAGAUGAUGUCCUUCCUGCGCAUCCUCGAGAGCGCGAAACACCGCAUCCGAGGACUGUCACUGAUGCCGCUCGACGGCACCACGGACCUGCACUUUCCCAAAUUCCGGCACCUCACGCAGUUCUCCUACGUCUCUACCGGCGGCUCGCCGCACCCGAUCCUGGACUUUCUCGUACAGAACCGCACCUCGCUCCGCGCGCUCUUCCUGCAGAACCAGCACUGGCCCUUCCCGCCCGCAGACACCAUCUCGCUCCGCAACCUCACCUCGCUCGAUUUCCUGGGCCACUUCCCCGCGGAGAGCCGUGCGUUCGCCGAGAUCCUCGACGGUGGACACCAGCUGGAGAGCCUGCGAAUCCAGUGCGUGCUCGACUGCAUGGCGAGCACGCAGUUCCGCGAGUUCGUGGGCGCGAGCGCGGCGGGGAAACCGCCCACUCUUCCCUUCCUCCGGCACUUUGCCUUCACGCUCCUCGGCUACAGCGUGAACGACCACGACCUGUUCCCCGCGAUCUCCGAGUUCCUGCGGGACCGGACGACGCUGCGGACGCUGCGGCUGACGGUGCCGAGUGCGAACUGGGCGCAGAGGCGGUUGGGGUACGAUGCGGGGGUGUGGGGGGUGCUGCCGAGCUUGACGGGGCUGAGGAGCUUGACGGCGACCUUGCCGAAGGAUGUGGCGGCGGCGGUGGCGAUGUGGCUCGUGCCGCGCGGGGUGCGUGCGCUCAGCUUGCAGGCGGAGGCGGGGACGGACGCUGUGGGCUUUGUCUCGCAACUGCGUGCGGGGUUGCCGCCGGGAUUGAGGUUUAUUGGGCUGUUGCAGUUUGAUGUGCGGGAUCCGGAGGCGGUGAUCGCGCUGGGGUUCCCGGGUGUGCGCGUCGCGCGGAUCGACGAGGAUUAUUAUACCGUCACGCGUGAGGGGGGCGAAAGCUCCGAGGGCGCGGGUGCUGGUGCGGGUGCGGGCGCCGGCGCGGGUGCGGGGACGAGCGAGAGCGGGAGUGUGGGUGGGGAGACGCGGGUGCAGUUGGAGGUGUGGCCCGAGGCGAGGGCGCAUCAUAAUGUGAAGGAGUGGCUUGAGGCGGAGGGGUGUGGGGAGGCGGAGUGGAGGCAUCCGAGUGAGUUUUUGUGA